GUCCACAGACCGAUGAGAGUGUGCAGCUGCAGAUUAUUAAAGCUCUGCUGACUGUAAUGACAAGCCAGCAUGUGGAGGUAUACGAGGAUACGAUGAUCAACGUGAUCUUCGCGCGAAUGGAGACUCAGGCGGAGGAAGAGAACGUGAGGCUUGAUGGGGAACAUCAGCAGGAGAGUUCUGUCAUAGCAAACGGCACAACUGAAGCUGAGCUACGUCUUAGUUAGCUAAGUCUAACUAGCUCAUCUUCAUGAAACUUUACGUUGCGUGCGUCUAUUUAAUGACGAUGGAUGUAGAAAGCUCUUCAAAUCACUUCGAGAGGAUUAUCAAAAGCGAUCUCCUUAUAUCGCAUAUUUAAUCAGAUGUCGUCAGGGAUUGCUGUCGACAUUAGCUCACUUAGAUAGAUUAUGCGUGCGAGUUAAGUGCGAUCGGGAUGCUAUCAAUAAUCAUCUUGUAUCCAUUUGUGUGAGGGUAUUUUUGGAAAAAAAGAAAGCUUUCCUCCUGCGAAGAGUUUAAAAAGCUUACGCUAGCUGACGAGAAACAGGAUCUCGUGGAUAAUUUUCUAGGGAAGGUCCACGUGGAAAUGGACAACGAUCCGAUUUGGCAAUCGGCAAGCGCCAACCAGUUAGAUUUGGCGAGAGUCGUGGUGGAAAGAACCGUCAUGGCACGGGUAUACCACAAUGCGCUCUAUCUAAAUCUAAAUGAAGAUGGAGAUGUAUAUAGGGACCAGCUUUUUCACGGUCAUAUCAAUAAGUUGGCAAAGGUCGUAACUUCAAAUCACAGGGACCUACGCAUUUCAAAAGUUUAUCAUUACGAAUGCCCCUGGUCAUGGGCGCAGGCUGAAUUGGCUGUGAUAUCGGCGUAUAAGACUCCUAGGGAUAAGUUGCAGUGUGUAUUGUUGCGCGACUACCAUCAUGAAUCUCUUUUCCAUGGCGUCGGAAAGAGGCAUACCUGCUGCCGACAAUCUGACUCCCGUGCUGGUCUACAGGUAUGUCAUAAUCAAGACUAAUCCGCCGUCGUUGUAUCGACUGUUCAAUAUGUAGACAGCUUUUACGGGAAUCGAUUGGAGGGAGAAGAACAAUAUUGGUGGACGCAGUUCUGCGCCGCGAUCGAGUUAAGACAAUGGAUUAACAGUUUCUCAAGAGUAUCACGAUAAAUAAGAUUAGAUUCGAUGCUGGUGAUAAUGUAGAAAUGUAUCAUAAUCAUAAUUUGACGAUUUCAUAAAGAAGAAGACCAAUAUCUUGUGUAAAGCUAGCUGAACAGUUUUAUGCUUCCAGUAUCAAUUAAAAUUCUUAAGUAGCCUCUUAAAUAGUCUAACUGUUAGUUCUUUCGCACGUUAUUAUGUAACAUUAGCAAAGACUGAAUCAGAUUAUACGUAAAGUGUGGCUUUAUCUUUAUUUGUAACUCUAUUGUACAAUGUCACAGGACAUCGAAAAAAAAA